AUGGCUCUGAAGCAGCAGCAGCAGCAGCAGCAGAGCUUUGAAACGUCUUUGAUGAACUCGUAUUCACAGACCUUGCCUUUGAAUUCGACUCAAAUUCAUGGAUCGAUACGGCGAUUAAGAUUUACCAUCGAUCAUAAUAACACCUUUAAUCAGGGAAUCCGGCAGGAUAGAUUAAUGAAACAUUUGCGAAAUAACCAUAAAAUGGCGAGCCUGGAAUCGUCGAUUGACGAAACGAAUACAGUGGACAUUGAGGAGGAAGCUCUGGCAGGAUUGCGCGCAUUGGAAAAUGCUUUGGAUCGGAGAAUCGAAGUUAGAACUUCUCUAAUUAAAUUAGUACCGGAAAAUGAAACGAAUCGUGAAAACGGGCUCCUCGACGUGGACGGCGUCAUUACGGACGAGAAGAUUCUUGCAAUUUUGGAGGAGUCCGUAAGCGAUAUAAUCAACACAGAAGAAAACGAAUCCGUUGCGUUCGGGGGAUCUCACGAAGCCUCGACGCUACGCAACGAAUUGCCGACUGAUACGAGCGCCAGCGCGUUGGUCAAUGCCCAGAAUUUCGAUACUGUAAAUUUGAAUAGUCGCGACGACGGGUCUUUCUACUCGUUGCCGUCGUGCUGUUCAAUUUUCGACGGUAUCGUUUCAACGGAAUCGUUGAAACAGGCUGAAAGAGUUAUCGCUGAUUUGGAAGCAAAUGGGCCAGCGGGUUUAGUCCAUUUGAGCUCGUUGAGCGCUACCAUACAAAAGCCGAUCAGAGUUUGGAUGUCGGACAGUGAAAAUAGCCGAAAGGUCGGAAAAACGAGAACGGCGGUUGAACCUAUUAAUAUAGAAUAUCACGAGCCGGGUCCGGAUGAUAUUCAAGGCCAUUGGACCUUGAGAGGAAACGUCGAACCUCGUGAUAACGAAGCAAGUUCGUUAAACGACUGUCUCUUCAGUGUGGUUGCCGACCAAAUCGGUCAUGUUGUUGCGCCCGAAUUAAGAAAAAAAACGAUCGCGCAUAUGCGCCAACACUCGCGAUCCCUCGCUCAUCGUAUCAAAACGAUUGCAAAAAAAGAAAAAUGCGAACGAAUAGCUCUCCUCGUUGGUGGUGCGCGUUACAACGGUACAAGACCGCAAGAUGCGAAAAGGAUAAUCGAUGCUUCGCAGCAGGGUCGUUGCCAUCCCGGUGGGUUAUCCGGACACCCGCGUGGCCAUGCCUCGCAUCCUGCAGCCACGGGACCGACGGAAAGCGUCGAAAAUUACUCCCGUGGCAGUUGGAAAAGCGGCUUCCUUUCGCGCCAAGACCAGGACGCCGUCGGACAUUUGGUAUUACAAAGCCAACAGGCUCAAAGCGCGAUGGAUAAGCUCAAUGCGGGGUCGGAAAACAUCGCUAUUCGCGUUGACUCGUCGGAACUCGAGCCCGGCGCACUUCCCGAAGCCGCUGAAUGGGUCGAUGGCCAACCAACAGGUCCGACUCGAGCUUUCAGGCAGCUUGUCAUGGUGCUCCGGCAUCAUGCUGGAAAAAAAAAUGAUCCCGACGCAGAUGUUUUCGUCCAUACUUUUUAUCCUGUCGUUAAAUAA